GUUCGACCAACACUUCAAGCCCGUGUGCCACCAUCGAUAAUGACGGUUGAUGCAAUCUCUACGAAAAACUCAGAAUAUGCACAGUUGAGCGAAUUUACGAGUCCGGAUGGGCCAAAGCCAGAUAUCAAGCGAGAAGAUGAUACGGUAAGUGUGGCUGGAACAGUGUUCAACGAACCGUGGGAUUCGAAUGUAUGGGAGAAUUUGCUCGAUUUAGCAAGCCACGGUGAUGAGGGCAUUUCGCCAAGGUCGAGAAGGUUAUCUGACACUAUACAAGAAGAGGAUUCGGAAUCUGAUCGAACGCCGGCAGGCUCGACUCGGAUGCACGAAUCGGAAGAUGAAUCAGAUGAUGACAUGUGGGUAUCCAUGACAGCAUCAUCGCGACGAGUACUACCAUCGGACCGCGUUACUUGCAAAGCAUGGGAGAAUGAUGAUAUCAGUAAUUAUGGGACUAUCGAUAGUCAUCUAGACGAAUCGUACACUACUGGAACGCUCCGAAAAGCAGAACGACGCGCUCGGACACCGCCCCAUUCCAUGCACUCGCUUCCACGUGCAGUAUCCCGAUAUUCACACCAGAUUGGUUCUUUGGAUGAUUUACCACUGUCGCUACCUGCUCUGUCACCGAAUUUGAAUUCCGGAAGAAAAACCAGUCAAGCUGAGUCUAGUGCUGCGAUUCAGACCUAUGUUGAGAGGUUUGUAGGGUUUCGCCUGGUGCCUGCCUGCUUGCUUUCUCCGAAUUGGGAAAUAGACCAAGCAGCAAACCAUUUCAGGCUAGCCGAGGACGAGAGCACUGUUUUUGGAGCGACACUGAAGCGAUUCAUAGAGUGUACCGUUCAAAGUGAAGAGGCAGAUCCAAAUGUGGUCGUGCGGAAUGUACGGCAGUUCAUAAAUGGCAUCAAGAACUAUCUCGUCAAGCACGGGGAAGGUGAUCUUCAUGGACUCAUCGAUCAGGAAAGCUCUCAUCUGAAUGCGAAUCAAAUCCUCAACAUAGACGCUAUUCUCGAAGCAGUAUUACAUAAAUUGUUACUGAGUGAGUUGGAUUUUCUGUCGUCUCUUGUGAUUGACCGAGUUUUGGGGGAGAGUACUCAGUUGAAGUUUAUGAUUUUAGAGCGCGUCAAACCUCAUCUCUACCACGUGAUGGUGAAGGAGCAUUCAAGGGCAGGUGGAUUGCAAGCAUUGUCCAGCAACAUUGCCUACGUGAAGACCCUAAGCCUUGCAGAGCUAGGUUUUGCCGAUGCUGAUCAGCUGGUCACGCCUUCCGCAUCAGUAAUGGAACAAAUCAAGAAUUGCCUCAGGAAAAUGCAACAUCAUUACUCGCCAUUGAAAAAACUUGAAAAUCUUCUCAGAGCUAUCAGCAUCGUUUUGGCAUUACAAACAAAAGAUGACGAGAAGGAGAGUCAGAAAAUCAUGGCUGCAGAUGAUCUGGUUCGAUGGUUGCUCUACAUCCUGGCACGGUCGUCGACUGUUGGUUGUGAAGUAGAGGCGUGGUAUAUGUGGGAGUUACUCCCUCAACAAAUGAUUACCAAGGUGACCGGUUGUUUCUUCAUUUUGCUACUCUUCGAAUUUUCCGUCUUACUUAAGGGCGAUGCUGCUUAUUAUUUGACGGCACUGUUUUCGGCCAUUCACAUACUCAAAAGUAUUGAUGCUAUAAAGAAGUUGGCCGAAAGGGAUGAAGAUAUGGUAGCCAGUAUGGACCUUUCUCGCCAGUUCUGCUCGCCUUCCCCUUCAUGCCCGUCAGACGCGUUUGUCAAGGUGGCUAUACCGGACGAGGUAGCAGGUUGUAUAAGAUAUGCGACAUUCCCGGGAGUACCGCAAAUGACAACUGGCAAACUCUGUCGUGUAAUUGCUCAUCAGCAAGGGAUAACGAACCCUGAGGACCAUGGACUGUAUUUGAUAGUGAAUGGAUACGAGUCCUGUCUUCUGCCACACGAGUGCCCGGAUGCAAUUCGGGAUAAUUUGCGAGGUACUGGAAAGCCACAUCUGUUCGCGUACAAACGCCACGAUGCAAAAAUCGGCUGGCCACGUCAGGUGAUGUCUACGCCGGGUUAG